AUGGGUGUGAACUCUUUAUGGGAUAUUCUAGGACCAUCAGCAAGACCUGUAAGGUUGGAGGCUUUGUCGAGAAAAAAAUUAGCCGUUGAUGCGUCGAUUUGGAUUUAUCAGUUUUUGAAGGCAGUUAGAGAUCAAGAAGGAAAUUCAAUGCCACAAGCACAUAUAGUAGGGUUUUUUAGAAGAAUUUGCAAGCUAUUAUAUUUUGGGAUAUAUCCUAUUUUUGUUUUUGAUGGUGGAGCACCCGCUUUGAAGCGCCAAACAAUUAAUCAAAGACGAGAAAGAAGAGAAGGCAAAAAGGAAAGCAAAGAGCAAACAGCUCGUAAAUUAUUAGCAAUUCAAGUUCAUAGACAAGCAGAUCAAGUAAAAAGUAGACAGAAGAAUCAAAAAGAGCAAAAAGAUCAAGAUAGAAAUGAUGAGACAGUCUACUUGGAAGAUUUACCUAACCAGCACCCUCUUCAUGGACCGGGUAGAGAAGAAGACAAAAGCCUGCUUCCACUAGAAAAGCAUACGAAAUUUGUAAAAAAGGAUGAAUAUCACUUACCAGAAUUAAAAGAGAUAAAAGCCCCUAGGGGUGAUUUAAGAAUCAUGCCAGAGGAUGAAUUUGAUGAGUUAGCAAAAGAAUCAUUUGACAUUGUCAAUGGAGUUGAUAUAAAUAAAGUGGAUCCUAAUUCAAAAGAGUUUCUGGAGUUACCAUUAGAAACUCAAUACAUGGCUUUAUCACAUUUGAGAUUGAGGUCAAGGUUGAGAAUGGGGUUCAACAAAGACCAGUUAGAAAAUUUGUUCCCUGACAGUAUGGAAUUUUCUAAAUUUCAGAUUCAACAAGUGCAGAAGAGAAACUUCUAUACACAAAAAUUGAUGAACGUUAGUGGAAUGGGAGAUGAGGGAAAUGCUACCAGAAGAAUUGCAGGAGAUAAGGAUAGAAAGUACGCAUUGGUUAGGAAUGAAGAUGGCUGGACCUUAGCUUUAGAUGAAAAUGGGUCCUCAAUUGAUAAGCCUAUUUCAUUGGAUAAUGCUAUAGAUGCAAACCAUAAAAAAGUUGACUAUAAUAAUAAUACUACUACUAAUAAUAAUAAUAAUAAUAAUAAUAAAGAGAAUAGAAAAAGUCAUAAGGUUACAAUUGUUGAAUCAGAUAAAAAUAAAGAACAGAGGAAAGAAAACGAAGAAGAAGAAGAAGAAGAAGAAGAAGAAGAAGAAGAAGAAGAAGAAGAAGAAGAAGAUAUUGAAUGGGAUGAUGUGCCAUUAGAUGGUAAUAAUUCCGAGGAGACUGCAGAAGAAAAGGAUGUUCAGAAAGCGAUUAUAGAGUCUAUUUACAACAUGUAUGAAGAUAAAACUUCAGAUGACUACGAUUCUAGAGAAUUAAAACAAGCCAUUGAAAAUUCAAAAAAAGAUUUGCUCGACCUAAAGAUUAGAGAAGAGAAUAUGGUGCUGAAUGGAAUUUUAAAUUGGAGAAACGAAUUAAGGACAGAUGAUAUUCAUGACCAACAAAAUAAUCAAAAAAAUGAAGGAGAUUCAAAGCUCUUACCAGAAUUGCCGAGUUUCUCGUUUGGCAAAUCAAUAUUGUUUCAAGAUGACCUGAAAAUUAAAGCAGAUGAAGAACAAAAGCCCGAAAAUUAUAAAGAGUUACUUACAUUAACAAAUGGUGAUGACAAGAAAAUUUCAAUAUCAAAUGUGAAUUCUCAGAAAGAAAUAACUUCAAAUAUGCAUAAUACUGCAAAGCUAGAGGGCACUGCAAGAAAGCUUGAAUCGAAAGAAGCUCAUAUGGAGAACCAAUCACCAGAUAUAAGUGAGGAAAAAACCAAAUUAUACAAUGGCAUUAAUAAUAGCACGAAAGAAAUAAUUAAAAACCAACCACUACCUCUGUGGUUUAACGAGGAAAUAUAUCCAAAGGAGAAUUAUGAACAAGAGACAUUUGUACCAGAAAAUGAUUCGAAAAAGAGAAAGUACCAAGAAGAUGAGGAAGCAGGCUUGAUUUCGUGGAACGAAGCUAAGGAUAUUAUAGGGGAUAAUUAUGAAAACGAAUAUUCUGACGUUUCUAUAGAAGAAGUCCAAGCUAAUAAUGGUGAAACGGUUGAUAAUAAUAAAAAUAAUAAUAAUAAUCCAGUACAAAGUUUAGAUAUAAUCAAUGACACAAAAGAUGCCGCUGAUAAAGAAAGGAAUGAACAUACGGAUAAAGGUAGAAACAGAAAAGGGGUUGUGUUGGAUUACGAUUUUGAAGAAAAGGAUGAAGAACAGUUGGUAGAACAAAUGAAAGAAGAAGAAAAUGAACAUGAAAUGUUCAAAUCUCAUAUAAGAGCAAAUCAUGAAAUUCCUCCUUCUCCCAUUCAUACGAGUGUGACAGAAGAGCAGCUUUUACAAGAACAAUUACAGAAGGCCAAAAGAGACUCUGAUGAAGUCACAGAAACUAUGAUAAGAGAUGUUCAAGAAUUAUUGAGAAGAUUUGGAAUACCCUAUAUUACAGCUCCCAUGGAAGCCGAAGCCCAAUGUGCUGAAUUACUAAAGCUAAAUUUGAUUGAUGGUAUUAUUACGGAUGAUAGCGAUUGCUUCUUAUUUGGCGGUGACAAGGUUUAUAAAAAUAUGUUCAAUCAAAAGCAAUACGUGGAGUGUUAUAUAAUGCAUGAUAUUAACUCAAGAAUGGGCCUAUCGCAAGAGAGAUUAAUCGAGUUAGCGCUUCUCCUAGGUAGUGAUUAUACGGAAGGAAUCAAGGGAAUUGGUCCGGUAAUGGCGAUGGAAAUAUUAGCAGAGUUUGGAUCCCUUGAAGAUUUUAAGCAAUGGUUCGAUGAAAAUACGAAGACCACUGUUCCUCCCGAUAAAUCAGGUCUAACCAAUAUUAAAAAGAGUUUGUUGAAUAGAAUUAAGAGUGGGAAGUUUUUUUUACCAGAUUCGUUUCCAGACAAUAUAGUUUUUGAUGCUUAUAAGCGACCUGAAGUUGAUCAUGAUAACAGUGAAUUUAAAUGGGGAGUUCCUAGCUUAGAUCAAAUCAGGUCUUUCUUGAUGUAUAACGUGAGCUGGUCACAAGCAAGAGUCGACGAAGUAAUGGUACCCCUUAUUAGAGAUAUGAAUCGUAAAAAGGCUGAAGGUACCCAAUCAACUAUUAGCGAGUUUUUUCCUCAAGAAUAUAUUCAAACAAGAAAGGAAAUUGGUUUGGGUAAGAGAAUGAAAACUGCAGCACACAGACUAAAUAAGAAUAAAAAAUUGUGA